UCAACGUCAGCUUUGUCUAGUGCCAGCGCUAGACAUGGGACAUAAACCUGGGGCCCACUGUUGAACUCUAAGUUUGGCCGCUUUGCCACACGGAACCGCCCUCACCUCCACCUUGAUACAGUUCGAUAUCAUGGAUGUUUGUGUCUCCCCUAUCGUUUAGAUCAGCUGGAGAUAUUAUGCGUCCCAGUGUAGUGCUCUUCAACUCUUGGUGGGCCUAAACUAAAGUUAGCCAACAUGACAAGGUGGAGUAACGUGUCAGAUGGAUGUGGAGGGACUACUUCGUGUGGUCUAUAAUGUGUCGACCUUGAAAAUUCAUGACUUCGCUUGAAUUUGUUUAGUUACCCCGUCCAACCCAACCACAGAUCCGAAGCAGCACCAGAGAAGCCACGGUAUCGUCUGAGUUAGACGUAGGACCUUGGCCACUACAGUAUGGGAUCAUCAUGCGCAGAAUGUAUCAAGGGCUCGAUCCACAAUGGUCAGCCCAUAGGGAAAGAAGAAUUUAUCUACGGCCUCAACACCUAUGUAGUGGGGAAUCGGACUGACCCAAAAGCUAUUGUGGUCAUGUAUUCAGACGUAUUUGGCCUAUCACUCCCGAACAACAAACUCAUUGCCGACGCGUACGCUAGAAGCGGGCAGUAUCUAGUCUACCUACCAGAUUUCUUUGAGGGUGACCCGGUAGAGCUCAAGGUUGCGGAUGUAUUAAUUCCUGUCGACGCCACAAAGCAAUCAACAUUUUCCAAAUACACAGGCAUACUGGCCAGUAUGCCGUCUUUCGUAUUUUGGAUGUCUCGACAUAAACAGGGACCUACCAACAAAGUUUGCAUGGACUUUCUGGGAUCCCUUCGGCGUGCAACUCCUAGAAGCCAGAAAAUUGGUAUGGUGGGCUAUUGCUGGGGCGGCAGGUAUGCUAUUCGUGCUGGACUCAAAAGCAGCAUGAUUCAACUCAAUGAUGAAUCGGUGUCGCUUGUAGAUGCUGUGGUGGCUUUGCACCCUAGCAACCUCUCUAUCCCGGAGGACGUCACAGAUUUGGUGGUGCCAACCAGCUACGGGUGGGGGGUGGAGGACGUUGCUGUGAGUAUCAAGCUGAAGGGAAAGGUCGAGGAAGUUCACUCAAAGGCCAGUGAAGCGGGAAACUCUGUGCCUGAAAUGGAACACAAGACUUACACGCCUGGUCGUCACGGUUUCGGUGUCAGAGGCAAUCCUGAUGAUCCUUUAGAACGGGCAUGCUUGGAGGGCACUGAAGCACAAGUUUUGAAUUGGUUUGGGCGGUGGCUGUAGAAUAAUUUUGGUCUUUCGUAUAUGUGUGUGUUCUAUCAUAAGUUAGCUUGGUUUUCAAUAUUGAUGUCAUGAAUCUUGAAA